AUUUGACUUGUGAUCAGCUGGUGCGGCUCCUCCUUUGACACACUGAGCAUGCGCAGAGCGGUCAGCCAGCAGGGAAAGACUGACACUGACUGGAAACCACCACACAGGUAGGUAUUACUGCAGGUGGGCUGGCUGGGAGUAGUGAGAGUAGUUUAACCCUCUAUAAUGGGUGUCCGAGCCGAUCAAUGCUGGGACUCCCCUUACUGUCCGCUGUGAGGGCCCGGCAGGGCUGUGUGUCUGUGUAAAUUGCCGCUAUUGCUGCUAUUAUUGCUCCCCAGUAACACUGUGAGUGUGAGUGUCCCUGUGUUAGCCGUGAUUAUCGCCCCAUGAUGUAACACUGAUCACAAUGUACAGUGAGUGAGAGCUCCCCUCUCUCUCUGUAAUACAGGUUACCACCCCACUAUACCCCACUCUCUCAGUCCCAAACACGGUAAGUGUUCCGCUUUUGGCUGGUUACACUCUCCCCCAGUCUGAUGAGAGUUAAUUAGUACAUAGCUGCCCUGUGUAAAUGUUCCCCACCCAGGAGCCUCCCAUGUGAUAACAACCAGGAAAUACAGUCUGAGUCAUGUGACAGGGACAGGCAGAACACUGCCUUCACAGGAACCCACUGUGUACACACUGGCCACUGCUACUUUAUAACAAGUACAAUAUCAUAGCUUUUUAUAAACUUAGGUUUCAAUUCCCUGCUGGUUACAAUCUCCUGAUUUUCCUAUUCAAUGGAUUGAAAAUUCGUCAGGCUCAGAUAGCAUUUCUAUUGGCCAUUCUCUUAAUGUUAGAAAAAUUUAAAUUAAAUAUUGGUCUCUUUGGAAUCCUAAUUUAAUUUGCUAAAAACAGACACAAAUAUAUCACUCUUAAUCGCUUGCAGACAGGCAAGGUUAUUCACUGAACAACAAAUUUAAGCAAAUGAGAUCUAAAUGGCAGAAUUGAGGCUGAUUAAGUGCCAAGAGUACUGUCAUAUUUAAUAAUAUGAAAAGUACUUGGUGAAAAAGAACUGCUUAAUAACCCGUUACUAUGUCUUUAUCAGUAUCUGUGACUAUGUAUUUGCAGCUUUUUUUGCAUUUGUAUAUUUAGAGCUGAGAUUUGCAGACCUGUUUUUUUUUUUUUUUACUAAUUAAUGACAAAGUUGCAACAUUUUAUGUCAAAUUUCUAGAGCUGCAAAACAAAUUUCAAUUGUGUUAUUUUGGCUUACAUUUUUCAAAUGGUGAUCAUUUUACUUCCAUUUCACCAUUUAGUGGACAAGUUCAAAGGGAUGACAAGUUCAAAUAACAAGUAACUGCAGCAGAAUGAGUAAUAAUCACUUGACCCACCCAACAAUGAAACAAACAGUUUUUUUUGUAUGUAGUGAGCCAGGAAGGUGUUUAUGUAACACGAGCUGAAGUGAAAUAAAACCAGUAACGUCCACACAGAGGCGUAGAGAGGGCACCUGUUCGAAGGGGUGUACUACUGACAUCAGAGACAGACUGCCCCUGAUGCAGGAGUAUUGGGAAACAGGCCAGAAUACCUGGACUAGCGCAUCAGGAAACGCCUGAGAUUUCCUUGUAAUCCCCUCUAUUGUGGGGCCAACUUUAGCUGCCAUAGAAACUUUUCCUUAAUCUACACAUAUAAAGUACACAUGGCCUUGGAGGGGUGGAUCAGCCAAUCGCUCUCUCACAAUGUGCCUUAUGUUUUCCUGAAGGCUUCUGGGAUGCUCCCAUAAUUCCUCGGCAGCCACGUUAGACUGCUUGUAUAUGAAGAGCAAGCAAUUUAAAAAAACAGUGACCUAACUCAGUCCACACAACUCCUGACAAGGAUGAACUUACAUGGAAGUAUCUAAUGUGUGCAAACAAUAGACAGGAAUAUCAGUAGGAGUAUGAAAUAAUAUGUAGUAUCCAGCCAUUGAACCAGCAGUAUGUUCUUGAUCUACAUUUCAAACGUCUGCAAGGGACCAACAAUCUGACCUUACUAUACCUAUGUAUACACAUCACAGUGAAUCAAUCAUCAUGGAAACACUUUAUUUUAAACCAAAACUCCAGCUUUAAAAGUAAAUACAUUUAAAACCUGUGCUAGAGCAUCGCUGGACAUCCUCACGCUGUGUGAGGAGCUCCAGCGUUGCUCAGUUCUCCAUAGGAAAGCAUUUUCAAUGCUUUCCUAUGGGGAGCUCUAAUGCCGCGCAUGCGCAUUAGGUCUCCCCGGCCGGUGGGCGGGAUCAGUCUCGCCCACCGGCCGACAUAAUGACUGGGAGGAGCGGCGGCGAGCAGAAAGGAGCAGAGGGACAUCGGCGGGGUCUCGGGUAAGUGACAUGAAAGGGUUUUCACCCCUUCAGCUGCCGGAGAUGGGGGGUGGGAGGGAGAGGGGACCUGCAGUUCCAGGAAAACGGAUUGUUUUCCUGGCACUGGAGUUUCCCUUUAAGGGAUUAAAGGACCACUCUAGGCACCCAGACCACUUCAGCUUAAUGAAGUGGUCUGGGUGCCAGGUCCAGCUAGGCUUAACCCAUUCUUUUAUAAACAUAGCAGUUUCAGAGAAACUGCUAUGUUUAUCAAUGGGUUAAGCCUUCCCCCAAAGCCUCUAGUGGCUGUCUCAUUGACAGCUGCUAGAGGCGCUUGCGUGACUCUCACUGUGAAAAUCACAGUGAGAGCACGCAAGCGUCCAUAGGAAAGCAUUGAUAAUGCUUUCCUAUGCGACCGGCUAGUGCGUGCGCAUUCAGCCGACGGGGAGGAGAGGAGGAGGAUCGGAGGCGGAGAGCUCCCCGCCUGUUGCUGGAAACAGGUAAGUUUUUACCCCUUUCCCCUUUCCAGAGCCGGGCAGGAGGGGGACCCUGAGGAUGGGGGCAACCUCAGGGCACUAUAGUGCCAGGAAAACUAGUGUUUUCCUGGCACUAUAGUGGUCCUUUAAGUAUUAAAUUGUGUUUGGUGCUUAGAGUAUCUCUUUAAGAGAAAAGAAAAGUUGGUGUAGCAGGGUUUUGCUUCAUUGCCUUUUAAAGAACAGGUGCAUAAAACCAGAACUAUUGAUUGCCCUUCCUUCCUUUUUUUUUUUUUCUCUUCUUUUUUUUAAAAUUAAACUUAAAGUUAAUUUUAGUUCUACUACUUGUAUAUGAAUCUAAAUAAAUGCAAAAUUGCAGCAGAUCUAAAGAAAAAACUUUUUUUAUAUACUUGGUGUUAGAACAGUUUUAACCCCUUAAGGACGAAGCCAAUUGUACAAGUUGUGAUCCAAACAAAAUGUAAACAAAACUUGGAAUUUGUGCUAUAUAUCUGUUCAACCAUAAUUCACCUGUUUCAUAUUAUGUACACCCACACUUAUUAUAUAUCAUUUUAUUCAGGAAAAACAAGGCUUUCAUUUAACAUCAAAUAUUUAGCUAUGAAACAUAAUUUAAUAUGAAUAAAAUAUAUAAAAAAAGUGAGACAUUAAGAAAUCUUGUUUUUUUUAGUUCUGCAUGACAUCUUAACAGUGAAUAUCAUUAUGCUGUUUGCUGUUACUGCAAUAAAGUGCACAUAUUUGUAUGCAGUGAUGUUUUUUUACGAGUAAAACAGUACCCCCCCAUGUACAGGGUUUAUGGUAUUUUGGAAAGUUACAGGGUCAAAUCUAGCACCUCACAUUGGUCAGUUUAUACACAUUGAAAUUCGCCAGGCUGGUUAUGUUACCUUUGAGAGCGUAUGAUAGUCCAGGAAUGAGAAUUACCCCCAUGAGAGCAUACCAUUUGCAAAAUAAGACAAACCAAGGUAUUAGAAAUGGGGUAUGCCCAGGCUUUUUAAGUAGCCACUUAGUCAUUUUCAAUUUUUUCCUUUAAUUUAAUAAUUAUAUACAUGUAUUACAUUUAUGUAUAUGUAUUUUUAUAUUAAUAUAUUUAUAUAUUUAUAUAAAAGUAAAGUAUGAAAAUAUAUAUAUUUUUUUUUACAUUUUUUUUUUCCUUGUGGGCAUUACUAAUCCUUUUUUUUUUUUACGUUUUCUAGCAGCAGGGGGACUGCCUGAGAGCCCAGGCAGUCCCCCAUCAAGCAUCUCUAUAGACGCCUAUUGCGGACAUGUGAUCGCUCUAUGAGAGCUAUCACGUGGCCCCUGAGGGCCUGAUUCAGCAGGGGGGACUGUCUGGGCUGUCAGGCAGUCCCCCCGCCCGAAGCGGAUCGCGGUGGAGGCAAGUACCUCCUAGUUCUUGGGGCUGAAAGCCGUUACGGUGUCCACUCCCUCUAGCAUGUAAGCUCAUCGAGCAGGGCCCUCAACCCCCUCUGUUCCUGUACGUCAGUGGUCUGAUCUCAAUUAUGUGUCUGUUAGUCCACCCAAUGUACAGCGCUACGGAAUCUGUUGGCGCUAUAUAAAUAAUAAAAUAAUAAUAAUAACAGCUUAAACUGAAAGCUUUUUAUCUUUUUUGCAAAUUUUACAUCCUCUCUAUGACAAUAUAAUACAGUGCACUUCGGUUGAAGAGUGUAUAAACAGUUCCUUAAAGGGACACUGUAGGCACUAUAACCAUUUCAUCUAACUGAAUAGGUCAUAGUACUUGUAGUACUCUGGCACUGUCCACCCAAUCAAUGUUUAAUCAUUUUCAAGCAAAUCCUGUAAGAAAUCAUUGGAUUGGCUGAGAUUGUCUAUUCAGAUGAUCUCAGCCAAGGAGGUGGGGCAUUGAUGGUGCCAAACUGGCCAAUCAGCAUUUCCUCCUAGAGAUGCAUUAAAUCAGUGCAUCUCUAUGGGGAAAGUUUUUAGUGUCUCCAUGAAGAGUAUGGGGAUGCUGAACAUCAAUGCUGCACACUGCCCUAGGAAGCACCUGGAGUAGCCACUGGAGGUGUGCCUAGGCUGUAAUGUAAACACUGCCUUUCCUCUAAGAAGACCGUAUUUACAACAUAAAAACUGAAGGGACGAAGCAUACUCACCAGAGCUACUAUAUUACCGUAUAUACUCGUGUAUAAGUCGAUCUCAUGUAUAAGUCGAGUGCAGUUUUGUGACCAACAAUUGUGAAAUAUGCUAUGCCUCAUGGAUAAGUCGAGGGUAAAACUUGGGGCUAUGAAAUUCUGUGAUUUUUAUAAUUAUAUACACACACACUCAUACAAACACACACUCUGCAUUAUAUGUACACACAAACUCAUACAAACACACACUCUGCAUUAUAUAUACACACACACUCAUACAAACACACAUUCUGCAUUAUAUACACACACACACUCAUACAAACACACACUGCAUUAUAUACACACACUCUGUGUAUAUAUUGCAGAGUGUGUAUAUAAUGAAGAGUUUGUGUAGUGUGUGUGAACUGGGUGGGGGGAGGGCAUUUUUAUUAUUUAAAUUUUUUUAAAUUUUAAUAUUAUUUUUUUUAUUAUUAAAAAAAAAAUUUGUCCCCCCUCCCUGCUUGUUAACCGGUCAGGGAGGGGGGCUAUCUUAAUCCCUGGUGGUCCAGUGGCAUGGGCUGUGAAGUGGGGGGGCCGGCAGGAAGCAUUUACUUACCUUUCCUGCAGCUCCUGUCAGCUCCCUUCUCCUCCGUUCCGGUCAGCUCCACUGUAAGUCUCGCGGUCUGGUUGCCGCGCGGAUCGUUGCCAUGGCUCUGACGGCCACGGCUCUCUAAGUUGCCAUAAUACAGACAGUGACUCGAGUAUAAGUCGAGUGGGGGUUUUUAAGCACAAAAAAUGUGCUGAAAAACUAGACUUAUACUCGAGUAUAUACUGUAAGCAUAGUUGUACUGGUAACUAUAGUGUCCCUUUAAUAGCAUUAGACCAAUAUACAGACCUUUUAAAGAGUGGGGUGUUACAGAUUCUAGCUAUGACACUUAUUUUGACAUUAAUGCUAUAAGGGUUAAUCUGUACAGUUGUCGAUUUUGCAAACCUAGUGUAGAGAUUAGUGCUAUAAUUUAAUGACCUUUACCUAGGACUAGAGACGUAGCAACCACUUAUUGUUUGUAAGGGCUUAUUGUAUUUAAAGAAAGAAAAUCUCAAAAAAAGAGGCACUUGAACUACUUAAUGUUUGUUUUAUGAAACUAUGGUUAAACUAAAUUUGCAGCAACUUCCUUAUUUAAGUUUACUCUUUCUGCAGGUGUGCUACCGGCACAACAGUCUCUUGGUCUGACCGCUUCUAAUCAGAAAACAGUUUUAAGUUUCCAGCCAUGUCUUACACUUCUGGUCAAGAUGCAGGAGACCUUGUUCAAAUCAUAUCAAAUAACAUCCAGAAGAUAUCAAAGAACUGUAAGUCAUUCUUACAUUUCCACAUAAUGAUUUCCUAUAUUUUUUUAUGGGUUUGAUUGAGAAAUACCGUAGAAAUAAUUUUCAGGUUACUUUUUUAUGUUGGUUGGUGGUAAGAUAAUGAGCCUUGCACAGCAGGUUAUUGAGUCUUACACCUGCAUACUGGUGCAUUGCUGGUUUGGGUUCUCAGCAGCAGCUGCCAACUCUGCCACUCUUCUCUUAGUACCUAUAGAACUCCCUAGUCUCUGAAAAUUGAGAGAGUGUUUGUGUAUGCGUGCAUAAAUGAAUGUAGGUAUAUGAAUUGUGAUUGUGUGUGUAGGAUUUCCCAAACCAAAGGAAGUUCAGGUAAAGUGGAACUUCUACAUUCCUGCAGUGACUUGGGUUUGGAUGUCCAGAGUGCACCCAAUCAAAGCUGUCUUGCAUACAAAUAUAAAGAAUUACAGACUGCACCUGCAAUUUUCUGAAGACUUUCCUACGUAAACAAUAUAAAGCCUCUGUCAAGCAUAAUGUGUCUCAUUUUAGUCGGCAAAUAAUUGUAUCUAUAUACUGCUGUAGAUGGUGACAUUCUAUAAUCAAAUGAUCUGCAGAUUAAAAUGUUUAAAGAAAAGCAUAUUCAUUGUUUCUUAUUAUUUGUUAUAUAAAAUAUGACAUGUAACAUGCCUUGUAUUUUAUUCUGUAAUACAUAAAUAUUAGUAAAUAUCCCUCUCCUGGGAAUACCCUUGCUCAUUAAGGCUGCCAUCUUUAUAUAAAAUGUCAAGGUUACAAAAUGCAUUUGAACAGUGUAGUAAAAAAUAUGAAGAUAUUAGUUUUUUAGAAUGUCCUUCCAAACUGUCUACAUUUUUUUUUUUUUUAGGUAUUUAGGUCCAGAUCUUGCUUCUGCAAUUAAGUCGACCUGUCCUUUUUUUUCCCCCCUCUCUAACUUCCUUGCUUCUGCAGUGUGCAGUCAAAUGUUUCUUUAUAACAUAUGAGCACUUACCCAAUAUAUUUUAAUUAUAACAUUAUUAAUUACUGGGUGUUUUACAAAUAUUUGAGAGAACCCCAAAACAAUAAUGCUUGUUUUAAGGGUCCCAAAAAUGCUGUCCAGAUGAGGACUGGAUGCUUAAAAGUAUCUUUUUUUUUCUAGGAUCUAGGCUGAGCUUUCUUGCUGAUAUUAUCUGUAAACAUUUUACUGCUCCGAACAGGGAGAUCGGUGCUUGCAGCCCCACUCCUAUAUAAUCUGUGGGCUGAUGCUGUAUACAAUGGAUAUUUCUCUUUCGAAAGUGUGUAAGGAUGCUGGGUGAUUGACAGGUGUGGGAGGUGUAACUAUGGCAGUAGAAAUUGUGUAAGUCCUCUUUGGUCAGAGCUAAUCUAACCAAAGACAUGCAACAAAGUGAGACUAGUGUACAUUAAGGAAUCCUAAUAUUGUACGGUGUGCACUUGGCAUACCAAAAACACACCUUGCCAUCUGUAUUAUUCAUUCAAAUGGCACAAGAUCCUUGGUUGGGUUAACUUAGUCUGAUUAAAGAUGGGUGUCACCAUGCAGCAAUGGUCAGCUAGGGCAUACACUCGAAACAGGUGUUCACUUAUUUUUGCUUCAUAAAAUAUAGAAAAAGAUAUUACAUGCAGUCUACAGCCUUCUGUGCCGGUCCACACCUCCUUUUUGCUGAAAGGAGAGCCAGAAGCAUCUGCCUAGAAUGCCCUUAUUGUACACAGUGAGCUAAGCAUCUGGCAGAACGCAGGUGUGGAGUAACACAUAAGAGACCGCUGGCAAGAAUGUAAACAAUUUCUAGAGGUUGUUAUGGUGCUUGGAGUAUUCCUUUAACCACUUCACUACCUAAAUCAAGGAUAAAUGUUUUUAUUUUCUUGUGUUUUACAGAAUGAAAUCUAGUCCCAUAUAAUACCUGUAAAUUUAAUGAAAAUGUAAGCUCACCCCUGCUUUCAAACAGUACAAGACAUUUAAAUGGGCCAGAUCAUCUCUUUACCAUUUAACUGUUGUCAUUACAUAAGCAUUCCAGAGAUUGAUGAAGUUUUGUUGUUAUGGGCAUUAUCACUAUAGCAGUUUUGAAUUAUAAAAAUAUAUGUACUAUAUUUACUGUAUGUGGGCAUUAUGCUCAAAUGCAAACAUUGUUUAUUUUUGUCACAUUUACUGUAUGAGAAAAUGUUUUUUGCUUUUAUAGUAGUACCAUUUCAGACCAUGUGUACAUUAUAAAGCACACUGUAUACUAUUUAAAGUCUUUUUAUUUCAGAUUUUUUUGAAAAUUAAAAUUGUGUUAUUUGCAUAUUUAGAUCCUUUUAUUUUUUUUUUCUGCAAAGCCGCUUAUACACUACUUUAUUGCGUUGUGAUAUGUUUAUAUAUUAACAAUAGUAAAAUAUAUUGAUGGUUUUAGUUAGCUGAGGCCUCAAUUUAAUAUUGUUGAAUAAGGAUUCCAAGUGAUUUAUUUGCUUAAGCAUUACCUAUCUCGCAAACAUUCUGCUGCUGUUAAGCAGUAUUAACUGUACAACUAUGUCACCUGUAGCCAUACUUUUAUUAUUUAAUGGUAUGUAUUCUACAACAAAAAUUGCAAGAUAUAUGAAACCAAAUGUUAUCCUAAAAGGAGAGCCGUACUCCGCUCUCACUUCCAGCUCUACUACUUUUCCACCUUGUUUGGUGACUGUCACCCUUGCUGCCCUGUUGUGUAUUUGUACCCCACCUCCUUUAGACUGUAAACUUGUCCUCAUCAACCUAUUGUUCCUGUGUCAUUGUGAAAUUGUCUCAUUUAUUGUAAAUUUCCUCCACUUUCAUAUUAUUGUAAAGCGCUGCGGAAUUAGUUGGUGCUAUAUAAAUACCAAUAAUAAUAAUAACAUUAUAAUUGGUAUAGCAAAAUGUAUGUUUGUAAUAUUUCCUGUAGACUUACUAAAAAAUGUUUUACUCUGUUUAACUUUUAGCUUCUGAAAUUCAGAGAAUAGUGAAUCAGCUUGGAACUGUUCUAGAUACUGCAGAAUUAAGGAAUGAACUGUAAGUAUUUACCUGUGGCCUCAAUGUAUUCAUUGUUUUGUCAGCAUUAAACGAACACUUCAUGCACCAUAACCACUACAAUGUGAUGUAAGCAUUCAAACUGGUUUAGAAUGGUUUGACUUCUAACCUGGGCCAUGACUCUUCUCUUCCACUCUGCAGUGCAAAUCCGACUCAUUGGAUGAGAGGAUCAACUGUUUGUUCUCAGCCAAUGAGCUAGGUCAGACAGUUUCCUGCGCUAUUGAAGGCAGGAACUGACGCCUGGCCUUCCCCAAUUAAAAAGGGAAAGGAACACAAACAUGUAUUGUAUAGUGUUAAAACCACCAUCUAGUCCCCCCUGUCCCCCCCUGUUCCCUACUUGCCCCCCCAUAAUAUAGCAAAAUCUUGCUUGUAUUCCAGUCUACUUCUGCUGGCACUGCCCCUGAUCUGCCUGCUUGGCUGACCUCAUCAGAAGUGAUUCUUUCAGCCAAUCACAUUGGCUAAGCCUGUCAAGGAGGCAGAUCAGGGGAAGAGACAGUGCAAGUGAAUUACAGCCAUGGCCAAUCAACAGCUCCUAUUAGGAAAGUUCUCUAUGAGGAAAGUUCAGUGUCUCCAUGCAGAGGGUGGAGACACUGAAUGUCAGUGCUGCACAGUGUGCAGCACUGCCCCAGGAAGCACCUCUGUUGAAACCCGUGUUAACGGCAAAAAGUCUGAAGGGAAUGAUUAUACUCACCAGAACAAAUACAAUAAGCUGUAGUUGUUCUGAUGACUAUCGGGUCCCAUUAAACAUUCUAAAAUAGUUUGUCUACUUAGAUUGCAUGCUGUAGUGUUCAUGGUGUUCUUUCCUUCUUAAUUGGUUCUUUUUCCUACCAUUCCUUAGUAACAAAUCUAAGGUCACAUCCUAUUUUUUUCUAGGCAAUGCAUGCAGUUUUACUUAGUACUGUACUCUUUUUACUGACGCUUAUACUAGUUCUGUAUCAACUUAGGAAAUCCCCUACAAAAAAGAUGAUGUAGCGCUUAUACAAUGGAAUAAUCACCUUAUGGUAAAAGGAAAAAACUAUUCUCAGGAGGAAAAGUCCACAGCAAUUUUAGUGUCUUUAAAUGUAGAAUAGAGAAGAUUUCCACGAUAUUGUCUACACCUGUAAGAAUAAUGUAAUAUAGUGUAGACAGUACAAGCAUAUAAAUAAGGUGUUUAAGGAAUAUUUGUACACUCAUAAGCAGAGAGCUGUAUACCUAGCUCUAGUGUUAAUUGCUUCUGGGUCCGUUUAGGCGACCCACCCCUGCCUUGGAUGUAUGUUCUUAUCCUAGAGGGAAAUGGAUAGGCACAAGAUAGCGUAGUACAGUCUGUACUGUAGUUGUAAGAUUAAAAUGUCCCAAAUGGGUACCUACAAACCGGGAGUCAUCUCAGACUCUAUGUACAGGCGUGGUGUAGUAAGGGACUACACUCCCAUAACAGCAUAAGACCGGGAACCAGGUUGUCCAAAAUAAAAAUAAAAUUUAUUAAACAAUUAAAUAAAAAGAAUUAUAUAAAUAAUAAAAUAAGACAGUGUCCUCUUUUUUAUUUAAUUGUUUAAUACAUUUUAUUUUUAUUUUGGACAACCUGGUUCCCAGUCUUAUGCUGUUAUACUGUAAUUAUUGGUGAUAACAGAAAGGAGUCACUUGUAUGUUUAGCUGCUAAAUUGAUAAAAUUCUUAAUAUCUAUUUAAUAUAAUGUACUCGAUUUAUAAGCGCUAGUACCUACCCACUUUUAGGAAAUCCCCUGACUAUCCCAGAGCAGCAUUACAUUUAGAUAUUUGGUGCUCACUCAACAGCUAAUAUGAGCAAUUAACUUUGACCUCCCUACUGUUCCCUGUCAGCCUUUUUGUUCUUGUCUUAAAGAUUUUACAUGCUAAUUGACUUUAAUAGAUGUAUGAAUUACCUGACACAGCUGUUCUCUUAAUGCCUUUGGACUAUAAACACUGUGUUGCCGUCAAGAUUUUUUCAUAAAGACCAAAUUGCAUGUUCUUUUGUAAUUGAAUAAAGAAUUUCAGCAUGAACUAUGCAGAAAUAAAGUUAAUUUGACUAGAAGACUCAAUAAACCAUAACACAGACUGUCAGACAAAGAUCGAUGGGUAUGGGGACAGAGAAAUAAAAAAAAAAUUAAAUGAUUCAUAAAUGUUUUACCAUUUAAAGAAACAUGCAUAUUGCCAGAAUCAGAACCAUUAUAGCUUAAUGUAGGGGUUUCCAUGCAAAAAGACUAUCCCUGCAGUCUCCCAGUUGCAAACACAGCCUUUUCUGUGAAUAUUUGGCACUCCGUUUAUGGCCCUGUAAUCUUGGCAGGACCAACAUUCAGCGUCUUUAUGCUAUGCAUAAAAAUGUUGAAUUCUUUCCAUAAAGUUGCAUUGGGAUAAAGCAUCUCUAUGAGGAGAUGCUGAUUGGUGCAGCAAGGUAAUUAUUUGACCUAAUCAUUCUGUCAUACCAAACUAGCCUUUAAAGAAUAAUCAAUAUAGAAUUAAUACAGGGCUGUGUAAAGCUUCAGCAAGUUUAUUUUUUUGUUUAAUAUGUGUGAUGAGCUAGUAAGACUGUUUGUUUUGUUUUUGUUUCAUAGAGCUGUGCUGGAAUUGUUUUGCACAUUUUGUCCUAAACUUAGCUAUUUUAAAUUUACUCUAAUUUUACGUUUAGUAAAUAAAUCCAACACUUCCAUUUUAGAAACAGUGAUGCUGUAACGGAAUGAGUUAGAUCGUCGGCAUCAAACAAUGUUCAUUGGCUUGAAUGAUAUUUUGUGAGAAAUGGCUUCUCUUUUGCCACCCUAAACCACAACUUGCACUUUAAAAAACGCAAAAUAGCUGUUAAAUGAACGUAAUCACUAGUUACGCAUUGGUCUUAGUCAAUUAAUUUUACAUAACAACGCAAGGUUGUAUAUACCAAUCAUAAAAUAAUUAACAGCUUGCACACAUUUUGAAAAUAUUUAAAUAAUAACAAUAAAAUAUUUACUUUUACAAAUUGAUCCACAGCAUGGUGUCACAUAACCCCCACUAAGGAAAAGACGUCCCACGUGGAUGUCACGUGAUCGGAAGACGUAAGAAGCAUAAACAAAAGAAUGACAGAGUAUACCAUCAAAUGGAUGCCUUGCCAUCUGUCUCAAUGCCAAUGUGAUAACAAUGGAGUACUUUCUUUUGGAUGUGCUUCUGGUGUCUUGUGAUCAUGUGACAUCCAUGUGGGAUUUCUGUCCCUUGAUCAGGGUGACAAUAUACUGAUAACCAUGCUGUGGCUGUGUUUGGUAAAUUAAAUUUUAUUAUUUAAAUGUUUUUCUGUGUGCUUUAAUUAUGUUUGGGUGGGAGUAUACGCAACACUGCUUUGUUAUGGUAAAAUGAUUUGACAAAGACCACGAUCUCUGGCCGUAAUGUUGUCAUGUUUGCUUGUUUCUAUUAAAGUCUUCAAUAAUUUAUUUUUUUGUGUGCCUGGAUCCUCUGAAUAUUGUUCCAAUCAAUGGCAGAACAGUAUGAUAUUUGCAGUGUCUUGGUUGUGCCGUCUUUCAUCCACUUCAAAAUCACAAUGUUAUAUGAUAUGUGUAUGGCAUUCUUCAAUAUCGAUUGUUAUUUGUGUCCUGCAAAGUAAGGUCCUGUUGAACUUUUUCCAAAUGUGUGCCAUAAAUAGAUAGCCUUGUAUUAAUACAAUUAAGAAAGAUUCUAUAGCUGGGGUCUCAAGGUUGGUGUACAUAUGGGCCACUUGCCUGGCCAUCAUCUCCCAGAUUUGUACUGUCAAAUUUGCUGAUGUACACACAAAUCCAUUUUUCCUUACACACACGGCACUGAUAGUUCCCACAAUAUCAAAUAUAGAAAUUAGUUAUUAAUUACGUAAAUGAUUAAAAUAACAGGUUUUAUUCUGUACAGAUUAAAAGGUAUGUUAUUGACGACUAGCCUUUGAAGAAAAACCCUGUUGGAGCUUUGAUGUAACUGGGUUCUCUCAUGUAGAGAAAUUAAUAAGGUAUAUCAUCAGAUCAUGGAUUACAUGAUCAUAAUACUUUAAACUGGGUUGUGUGUAAACCUUAAAACAUUGGGUGUAUUUUUGACCAUUGUUUCCCUUUCUCAGUGUUUGUUGAUAUUUUAAGUAAUUUAAUGGUUUUAUUAAUGCAUGAAAUAGAUUUCAGUUAUGGGUUUGUUUGUUUUUUUUAGGCAGCAGAAGGUGCAGGAUACAAACAAGAUUGCCAAAGAUACAGAUAAAUACUUGAAAAAAUUUGCCUCUUUGCCAUCGGAUAUUGAUCAGGUAGGUUAAUUUGACAAAACAAGCAGUUUGUAAUUGACAUUUGACAACGUAACUGUUUUUUAAAAUUGUAAUACAAUGAAAAGAUGUUGCUGCAUCUUAAAUGGAGUUGUGUUAUUUUAAAGCACUAUUGCUAUUAAGACAUAAGUAGUAGUGAGAGACAACCGGUCAAAUAUCGGAGUGAUACCACUAAUAAUUUCAAUUUUACUCAAUGUAAUUUUGAUACUUGGGAAACUAGCUUUUUCUUCAUCUUUCUUUCACUUACCAAUUGGGCAUCCAAAACAGAAUAUAUCUCCUGUAUAGGGUCAUAUGUGAACACACAAGAUCUAUCUACCAAACAAUUUAAUAAAAGCCAAAAUAGUGUAAUACGUCAUUAUAUUUGUUAAAAUGACAUUUUCAAGGUUAAUCUCACAGAUAUAGGUGAGAAUAAAGGCUCAUCACAUAUUAUGGUGUUUCUUGUCUGUAAUGAUCACUCAUUGGGGUAUAUCUUAAGAGAGCUUGCAAAGGCUGCAGAUCUUAUGAACUGCAGCUUUUGUAAGCACUCCCCUUUUUUCCCUGGAGGAAACUUUGACUUGGUGCUCACGUUCACACGCAUACUGGCUUGUGCACCAUUGCGUGCACGUGUGCUGGCUCGUGUACUUGCGUGCGCUGUAGGUAGGAAUUCUCCCUGGCUAUUUGACAGAGGUUAAACUAGGGUAUUCCUCACCCAUAAAGCACUUCAGCAAGCUGAAUAGUGUAAUACGUCAUUAUAUUUGUUAAUGCAUCCAGAUAGUAACAUAUAUUAUUUUUGUAUAUUUUUCAGCGGCAGAGAAAAUUACAAAAAGAUAGACUUGUGAAUGAAUUCUCUGCAGCACUAACAAAUUUUCAGAAGAUACAAAGAAAUGCUGCUGAAAGAGAAAAAGAGUUUGUUGCUAGAGUGCGUGCAGGAUCCAGAAUAUCUGUAAGUAAUAAUAUCUUCAUGUGAAUUUAAUUUGGAACCAUAUUGUGAUGAUGGCUUGAAAUUGCAUUGACUCUUAGGCUGUGGGAAUAAUAUAAUGCAUAAUGACUAACAGGAAGUUUAGAUAUUGCAAACCGAAACAUACACUAUUUAUUUGAAAGUAUUUAAAGGAACAUGCAUCACUUGACAAUGUAUUUCUUUUUUUCUUCAAACCAGCAAGCAAACACUUUUACACAAAUAUAAUAAGACAAAAAUAAAGCAAGAAACAUUUGCAAAAUAUGUAAUAAACAUUUAUAAACUUUAUCAGCUGCCAGUUUGCUAUUUCUAGCACAACUCUAAGCUAGGCGAGUUUUUUCAGCCCUCUUACCCUCUCAUUUCCCCACCUAUUUCUCAUCCUACCCCCUUUCUUAUGAAUGCUCUAGUUCUAAUUCACGUGCAUUAUUUUUGAAAACUGAUCAGCAAAGAUGCUUAGAGUCAUGGAGACAUAAGUGACAAACUGAUUCUCUGCGUCUGUGAAUACUGAAAAGAAAAGAAAAAAAGAGCACAUGUAACAACUGAUCAUAUGUGUGUUUAUAUAAUAUAAAUGAUGUAUGUGUAUAUCUGUGUGUGUAUUUAUGGAUAUUUGGUCAAUUCACUGAUAAUAUAAAAACCUAUUAUUUUCUAAUCAUGUAGCAGCAGUACAGGAGGUAUUGUCAAACUAAAGCUGCAUGAGUAGCCUCUAAAUAUAAUAGGUUAAUUAGGCAAUCCCCUCCCCUUCACACUUUAAAUAGUAGCUCCGAAAAGGGCCCCCAAGUUUUUACUUGUCCCACUCAGUAGACUCUUUGUUGGUGGCUGUUUCCUGUCUUUAUGGUAAAGUAGGCACAUGCUGCUAUACUAUUUACCCAGUAGUUCCUCAGGCCGUGAACUUAGUGGCUUCCAGCUCAGACCCAAUACAAGUUAUGGAGCAUAUGUGGGCAUUCAGUUCUAUAGUAUGUGCAUGGAGGACUUUGGGGUUUGUUGCACCAAAAUUCUUCAGGCCUGGAGAUUGCGCACAAUAGUGGAAUGUGCUUAAUGGUGGAAUGUUGCAUUACACUACUGUUCCUUUACUUUACUAUGCAUGUGCAACAGGAAUGCUGAUUUUGGUACAAAUUUGAAUGUCUGUCUGACAGCAAGAAUGCUUGUCAGUAUCAGAAUACAUUGUCACCAGUCCCCCGACAUGGUUCAGAGGUCUAGAGGUGGGGAGUGUUUUUUUUUUCUUUGACCUUAAAGGCUUCUGUUUGUUGCUUUUUUACUGCUCCAGAAAUGUUUCAUUGUAUUACAGAAGAAACAACCUUCUGCUCCAAAACUGAAGGCAACUUGUAAUGCUAGCCUGUAACAAUUGUGCCACUUUUCUGCCUGAUGAUUGUAAAAAGAAAAUAUGUAAUUGCAAAAGCUUUAAAAAAGGCAAAGCAGAAGAAGAUGCAUCCUUUACUGAAUUGGUUUUAGGAGAAUAUAUCCCAAAUUGUUAAAAGUUUUAAACAAACAGCAGUUAAUUCCAAUGAGUCUACAUCUGUCCUAAACAGACAUAUCAAGAGCUUUAGAGCUUUUAUCAGUUGAAUGUUCCCACUCUUCAGUCAAGAGUCUUUUUCAGAUUCUGGUUUUCCAGUGGAGGAAUUGAAUCAAUUCAUUAAAGGGACACUAUAAUCACCAGAACAACAGCUUACUGUAUUUGUUCUGGUGAGUAUAAUCAUUCCCUUCAGGCAUUUUCAUGCAAACGCUGUAUUUUCAGAGAAAAGGCAGUGUUUACAUUGCUCACUAGGGAUACCUUCAGUGGAUACUCCUUAAAGGACCACUAUAGGCACAGAGAGCACUUCAGCUCAAGGAAGUAGUCUGGGUGCCAUUUCCAUUUAGUGUUAACUCUGCAGCUGAAAACAUAUGUUUACACUAGGGUUAAUCCAGCCUCUAGUGGCUGUCUCACUGACAGCCGCUAGAAGCGCAUCUGCGCUACUUACUGUAAAAAUCACAGUGGAAAGACGUUGGACGUCCAUAGAAAAGCAUUGAAAAAUGGUUUCCUAUGGACUGUUUGAAUGCGCGCGCGGCUCAUGUGCAUUCGGAUCGGACGUCGGCAGGGGGAGGAGAGUUCCCCAGGGCCGAUGGAGCCCAGCGCUGGAGAAAGGUAAGUGUUUAACCCCUUCAGCUCAGUGGGAGUGGGACCCUGAUGGGGGGGACCUAAAGACCUUAUAGUGCCAGGAAAACAAGCUUGUUUUCCUGACACUAUAGUGGUCCUUUAAAUGGCCAGUGUAGAUGCUUCCUGGGGCAGUGCUGCACAGCGGAUCGGGGGUGGGACCAGCGCCGGCAGUCCUGCGCGGCCAUGGAAAUUAGGUACAUUUUAAUCUCUUCUAAGGGGGCUAAAUGAGGGGAAGCCAUCUAAAUGGUGGUUUUAACACUAUAAGGUCAGGAAUACAUGUUUGUGGUCCUGACCAUAUUGUGUUCCUUUAUAUAAGUUAUUGCAGUAAUCCUCUCAACAUCCUAUGUUCCUGUGCGUCCAGCUUGUCUUGUUGCAAAUUCUUUGCUGUUAGUCAACCUAUUGUGCAGAGCUGCGGAAUUUGUUGGCGCUUUAUAAGUAAUAAUAAUAAUAAUAAUAAUAAUAAUAAUCGAAGAUGGGGAAAUGCAGAAGAAAAAGGGAAAAGGCUUUCCUGUGCACCCAAGAUUCUUAAAUCGUGAAUGGAAGAACCCAGGGGGAACUUUAUUUCAAAGCAUUUUGAACAAAUUUUCAAACUACAGCAUUCUAAGAAUUGCAAAGAGUUGCUGAAAGUGGAUGUGCAAAUCGCUCAAUUAUCGAAGAAAACUACCAUUCCCAUUGGGGAAAUAGCUGUCCCAUUUACAAACUAGUAGAAACUUCAUGGAGAAGAAAAUUACAAGCUUCAGUUCUUUAGAGUAAAGACAUUAUUUCAGGAGAAUCUGGCAAGAGCUCGGAGUGUCAGGUUACAGUCUUUGAAAGAUUGUAUUAUAGGAAGUUCAGACAAAGAAUUUGAUCAUCUGCUGAAGAACAUCAGAAUGGCCAGUGACUUUGUGUGUGACAUGACGUAGGACGUUUAGACGCUGUAGACCAGAAAUAUGGGUUUGUACUCCAUGGGAAGAACUAAUAAACCGAUGUUAGAAGCUUAAAAAAAAAAAAGCUCUCCAUCAAGAAAGGAGUUGAUGGAAUAGAAAGUCUUUCACACGCAAUCAGAGAUCAUUUCCAGUGCAAUAUAAGAAACAGAUACAAGAUGAGGUACCUUGAAAAGCCUGGUUCUCAAUUACUUCUACAUAUGCCUCACAGGUAAAUUCAGAUUUCUACUGCUUCAAGAAUUUUCACAAAGAUUUAUCCUUUGGCCGCCUCUUUUUGAGAGAAUGGCAUUGCUGUUGUCUCUUAUCUAGGUGAUUGGUUUCUGAAAGUGGAUUUGAGUAUUCACCUUACACUCCAGAUGUUGCAGGAACUGGUUGUUAAACUGGGAAAAGUCGUAUAUUUCCUUCCACGAGAAUUCUGUUUCUAGAUCUAGAAGUGGACUCCAUUUCUCUCUUGCUUCAUCUUCAUCUCCUCCUUCAAAAGAUCAAGGAUCAGGAAAGAUAUUGCCUCAAUAUGUGCAAACUCAGAAUCCUGCAACAGAAAGUCAAAGCGCACUCUAGGCAUACUUUCUUCACCCUUUCCAAUUGUGAAAAAAUCACUCCGACAACCCCAAAAUAGUUGCCUACUUGAACAAGCAAGGAGGUACAAAAGUCAAAACUCUAUCACUCCUUUUGUGCACAGAUCAUGACUUUUUUUUUUGUCUCCCAGGUAUCUCUCAUGGCAGCAAACCAAAACCGGACAUGUGCCAAUGUUACCCAACCUAUUCAGGAAGGAUCAUCUGUAAUUUAUUUAUUUUAAUUUUUUUAUGGCCUGGUGAUGUCCUGGGAAUUCAAGCUGAGCUCAUAUUUUUCCUCCAAUUGCACUAUUGGCUCAAAUUUUACAAAAUAUUAGACCAGACAAGGUGAUGACCAUCAUUCCAUAUUGGCCAUAUCGAAGUUGGUUCUUGGAGUUCAAACAGAUGGCUUUAGCAAAUUGUGAGCUUUCUGUCUCAGGACUGAAACUCUGCGGAUGCUGACUGCCUGGAAGCUGCAAGCUUAAUUUUUAGAAAACAAGGUAAGGAGUAACGUAUUAUGGAUCUUCUUUUAAAGGGACACUGUAGGCACCCAGACCACUUCUGCCCAUUGGAGUGGUCUGGGUGCCAACUCCCACUACCCUUAACCCUGCAAGUAUAAUUAUAGCGGGUUUUUUUUGUUUGUUUUUUUUUUUUUUUUUAUAAACAACCACUAGAGGGCACUUCCUGCUCCAUAGCACACUAGAGCGUCGCUGGACGUCCUCACGCUGUGUGAGGACCUCCAGCGUUGCUCAAUUCCCCAUAGGAAAGCAUUUUCAAUGCUUUCCUAUGGAGAGCUCUAAUGCGCGUGUGCGGCAUUGCCGCACAUGCGCAUUAGAUCUCCUCAGCCGGCGGGCGGGAUCAGUCUCUCCCAUCCACUGACGUAAGGAAGAGGAGGAGCGGCGGCGAGCAGAAACCAUCGCCGAGGGACAUCAGUGGUCUCAGGUAAGUGACUGAAGGGGUUUUCACCCCUUCAGCAACCGGGGAUGGGGGGUGGGAGGGAGAGGGGACCUGCAGUGCCAGGAAAAUGGAUUGUAGUGUCCCUUUAAGUUCUACCAGAAAAACCUACUACUAAAAUCUAUUUGAGGAUCUGGAACAAAUUCCUUGUGUGGCGCAGAGACCGUGACUGCUUCAGUUUAUCACCUCCUAUUCAAGUUAUACUUAAAGACUUUUUAAAUUUUAUUUUUUCUGCAGGCCUCAGUGAGGCUACCCUGAAAGUUCAAGUCUGAGUUUUUAGUCAUUUCCUCGUUUUUGAUUUGGCCUCCAACAUUUUUGUUCAGGCUCUUUGAUUUCAAUGUCCACAUCAGAAAUCCUUAUUUCCGGCAUGUUAUUUGUCUCUGGUUCUUAAUGCUCUCUGUGACUUUCUCUUUGGAACCCUUGGACAAAGUCUCUAUGAAGAUGUUGUUGUCUUUGAAGACCAAUUUUCUCAUGGCAAUUACAUCUACUAAAUGAGUUGGUGAACUCAAGAACUUUCCUCCUCUUUGGAUUUCACUAUUGUUCAUCAGGAUAAAGUAGUACUUUACCCUAAACCUGUUUUUUGUUGGGGUGUUUUUGUCAAAAGUCAACACACUUCAAUCUCCUCAUUUUUUGAUAUUUUCUGUCUUCUCCUAAGGUUUCACUUGUUAGAUGUAAAGAGAGCUCUGAAGAUUUAUCUCAAACAAUCAGCAGCAUUCAUGUCUUCUGAUCAUCUCUUUGUCAAUUGUUAGGUAGCAUAUAAGCGCAAAGAGGCUUCCAAAGCUACAAUUGCAAGAUGGGUAACCAAGGCCAUUAAGAUGGCUUAUGAAGUCACAGAUCAACCAUCUUUCAAGGCACAUGACACUAGAGCAUGGAUAGGCAACCUUCAGCACUCCAGACGUUGUGGACUACAUCUUCCAUAACAAAGCAUCAUGGGAGGUGUAGUCCAAAACAUCUGGAGUGCCAAAGGUUGCCUAUGCCUGCACUAGGGCAAUGGCGACCACUUGGACAGAAAAAGCAUUGGCCUCUCCUCUCCUUCAAUACCUUCAUACUUCACUACAGGCUAGACAUAUUUUGUUCCUCAGAGGUUUCUUUCAGGCAUAAGGUGAUCCAAACUGAUGUUAUCUGACUGACCCACGCAUGUUUUGCAAUUUUGCUACAUCCCUCCUUUACUGCUGCUAUAUGACAGGGAAAACAGAAAUUUUUACUUACCGUAAAUUCUUUUUUCCUUAGUAUACUGGCAGUUCAGAUUUCCCUCCCUUUUGUAAUGAAGUAUUUUUGUAUUAUUUGGUCUCUUUAUUCUUGCUAUUUUGCUGGGAACUUCUCAGAGAUCUUAAAAUUGCAAAUACGCUAUUCCAGAAUUCAUAGGGAUCAGACACUCAUUAUAUCAGUGUCCACCCUCUGGAGUGGGCAUGGAAAGUGCAAGGAAGAAGAAGCAGGUAAAUAUGAAAAAAAUCAUUUAACCUGCUUUUUUAGCCUGCAGAGUUAGACAAUUGCCUCAUAAAAAGGUAAAUAUUUUGAAUGAGACUGUUGUCUCAAAGUGAUGCAUGUACCUUUAAAACAUGAAUCCGUAAAUAAUAACACUCAUGGUUUCGGGUACCAUGAUGUUGUUUUUUUUUUUGUUUUUUUUUUAUUACCUUUUUUCCUGAUUACAUAGCUUUCCUUUACAAUUUACCAACUGAUUCAUAUGCAUACUAAUUCCAAAGGUUUAGAGUAUUAAGAAGAUGUUCGAAAUAAGCAGGAAUUCUAAAGUUUAAGUCUUUUAAAAUUCUACAAGGAUGAGUAGUGUAAGAUACACUGAGAAACAGAUAAAUAUAAUAAAUUAUAUCCAGGCUAAUGAAAUGUGUUUACAACAUAAAUGAAGAAAGCUGAGGGAUGGUGCUUGCAGCCUAAUGGCACCAUAACCACUUAAUUGACAUCUAGUGUUUCUAGUGCCUAGACUGCUAUUUUCCUCUUCUGUAAAAUAAUUUAUUUUUAUAAACCAAUCUUACCCCAUGUUUUAAUAAAAUAUGAUUGCAUUCUAUUCAAACAGACUAUCUAUUCACUUAGGUCUCAAUUUAAUAUUUUUGGGUAAGCUAUUCAAGUUAUUUAACAUUUUUUUGGAUACACCUUUAAAAUGAUUAAAUAUUACUAAAAGUAUUUUAAUGUUUUCAAGAUAAAAUAUUGAUACAUUUUUUAUUUGAUGUAUUAUUUUACAUUUUAAUAUUUAUAUAUUUUUUUAAAUCCAAAAUAUUACAUCCUUUGAAAGCUUAUGCAAAAAUAUAAAAUCAAGUCCAUUAUAUUUUUAAAUGUAAUCUAUCUUCAAAUUAUAUGGGUAAAGUGUUUAUACAUUCGGUUUCCAAACAUGAAUGCAACUGUUAUGUUUUGUUUGUUUCCUUCUUAUGAUUUUUUUUCUUUUAUUCCAUAUUCUUUUAAUUAAUUUCCAUAGUUAUUCUUUGGCAAAUACAAUAAAACUCAGAAUGAAUGUUUGUAUUUUUCCCAUUCCUGUUUUUAAUUUUAUAAAUACAGUAGUAGUAGCAGUUGAGUAUUGGUCUGUGUAUGUGUAGGCUGAUACAAAUGUAAUGUUACACCAAUGGAAUGCUUUACUUACUAUUUUACAUAUUGUUUAUCAAAACAUUAUAGGGAUUUUGAUAUGUCAUAAUAAACUGCAAAUUAUGGUCUAAAGUCUAAAAAUGUUCUUUAUUAAUAUAGGGGGGUCUCCCAGAUGAUGGGCAAAAAGCUACGUUGGUCAGUUGGGAAAGGUAAGCAUUUUUUUCUUUUUAUACUUUUAUUAUAUAGUCCCUGCUAGUGCUGUUUGUGCAUUUUAACACUUUUAUAUUUAAAGGGACACUAUAGGCACCCAGACCACUUCAGCUAAUUGAAGUUGUCUGGGUGCUGUGUCCCUAUUGCACUUAGUACUGCAAUGUAAAACCCCUUCAACAGGGUUGUUUUUCUGACACUAUAUGAAUCCUUUAAGGUAAGAUUUUUAUACUAUUAAAAAGACUUUAUCUUACUGGGUGUAGCCAUUAUAAUUAAACAUAGCGAUUAUUUAUGGAUAUCUAGUGGUUAAAAUAUUAGUCCCUUGGGUGAUUCUAACUUGGCGUUGAGAACAUUUACCCAUUCAUAUGUAUUGGUGUAAUGGUUUCAAUUUACAAGGUCUGGGAAUUGUACCUGAUGAAAAAUAGAAGGAUGUUUACCAAUAAGAAGCAAAGAAUGACCUGUUAAUAAAACCGUUCUGUAAAGCUUGUCCAUGCUCAAAUAAACAUAUCAAGAAAAAUAUAUGAAUUUUGCAGCAAUUCCAGAAAAAGGUGCUUUCAGCACCAGGGUUGAAUUGUAUGCUUUGAGCUGGAAAAAACCCAAAAACAAAACCUGACUCCUAUCUUUAUCUGGCGCCUAGAUUUAAAGCAGAUUUGUCAAGCCCUGUGUUAGAGGACCUAGUAAAUCUAAAACUUUAUCCUUACAAUUUCAAUGCAAAUUUUAAGCCUUUCUUGAUAUUCUAGACAGGUUAAAAACAGAAACUGUAUGUUUUCUGGAUCUACUACAGUGUUGCACACACUUUUUAGGAAUUAAUAACCUUGGGCAUUUGCCCAAAGUUUGUUUAUAUUUAACUUAUCUUACUCUUCUUAACUUAUUUAGGGACAUGACCCAGCUGAGACUUUUCUACCAACCGUGGAUGCUGCAGGGGUUUUUCACCUUUACCGGUCAUUUCUGUAGACUUGUAAAAAUAGCCCAUCUUAUUGGGCUGAACAUGUUUUCUGUGAUAGGAUAAUGCCUAUUUUAUUUAAACCAAGGAGAUGGUCUCCCUUGUAAUCCUAAGAUCUGUGGCCUCUGUCUCUGUCUUAUUAGUAGGUAUUAUUUACAAUGGCAUCCUUGGUAUUCAAUUCAGAAUAAUCAGAAUUAUGAUAAAUUCAACAAAUAGGGAGUGCAAUUUAUACUACCCCAAAAAAAUAAGAUAUAUUUAUUUUAGCUUUCCCUCAUAUAAUAAAGUAGAUCUUGGGACACAACAAAAGGUAUAAAGACAUAGCGUAACAAUGUUUAAAUAUUUGGUAAAGAUUGGAGGGAAUAAUUACAUAGAAUGUGACGGCAGAUAAGUAAAGUAAACUUUAUUAGCAUGGUCCCCACACCUCAAAGAAAAGAAACAUUAGAAAAACUUGCCUGCAAUUCCACACCAAAGCCAAGUUCUCCCUGCAGUCCUACUCUCCUCCAGUGAUGUCAUUCCCCAUCAUUGCAGGUGUAGGGAUAUCUUGGAGGACUUACUGAAAAGAAGACUUGAGCGGCAUGGAGUGAGGGAGCUUUGCAACCAUUAGUCGUCUGACUGGCUUAGAGUAUGAAUGUUCACACACAGCGACUAAUUAGAAAAGAGUGCCCACAGACAACCUCUUGAUAAAACAAACAAAAAAAAAGCUAAAUAUUCAGGUACACAGACAGAAAUGUGUGUGGAUAUUCCCAACCCCUCCCCCUGUUAUUUCUGGAAUAAUACUGCCAUUUAUAUCCAUCACGCAUAUUUAAUAAUUUCAGUGAGUGACCAGUUAUUGUCUUAUUUCAGUGAAGGUCAAUCUCAAACACAAGCAACAAUGCAAGAAGAAAUAAUCACAGACGAUGACCUACGUCUGAUAGAAGAACGUGAAUCCGCUAUACAUCAACUUGAGGUCUGUAUUCUUUAUAUUCCACUAAAAUAACUUAUAAAAAACACCUCAAAACUGCGACCCAAAAUUCUGUUCCUGUUUUCAGUUUCAUCAGAAUUCAGCCAUUGCUCUUCGAGCCAUGCUAAAACUAGCCUCUCAUUAUGUACAAGGAUAAUAAAUUGUGAAGUUGUUUAAAGGUUUGCUUUUUACCUGGCACCUUAUCCACUAUGCCAUGCUGUAGUGGUUAUUGUGCUUAGAGUGCAUCUUUAAAUAUUUCAGUUUAGAUUAUUUAAAGGAACACACCAAGGAACACUCCAAUACAGUUUGACACUUACCUGGAUCUUUCCAGGCGCUUGCACCACAUCCAGUCUUCUCAAAGCAGGAGAUGCUGGAUGCCAAUCUAGAGCUGGAGAACUUUUCCAAACCGGCUAUUUUUACCCUUGUUUUUCCAUUCAGAUUUAAUUUGUGGAAACUCAGAGUUUCACGUAUAAGCCUGCAGGCAUCGAAUCUUGGUUCUCAUCAGCUGUCAAGUUCCACAUCAAAGAAAGACAAUUAUUCUUAUAAUGCUACUGGGAUGCAUAACUCAUGCUUUACCUACAUUGAGUUAUUACCUUUAAACAUUUUUUGGGGGAAAGCUACAUGUAGCCAUAUGUAUAGGAAACAGUUUUUAUUUAUGCAAAAACCUUCAAUGCUGCAGGUAUGCUGUAAUUAUAAACUGGUAAAUUUCUAUUUUUGGAAAGGAAGUAUAAGUAUUCUUACCACAUCACUCAGAGACACAUAGCAGCAACACAAAAGGUAAUCAAAAUGUAUAUUCAGUAUCCUUUGCAUUAUUGCUCCUUUGAUUUUGUUAGGAUCUGUAGCGCCUAAUAAAGUUGUGGGAAUAAAAGGAUACGAAACCGCUGCAGAAGCAUCCUGUUAGGUAAAAAAAAAAACAGAAAAACAACCUCACAUCUUUAGAAACAUAGAAUGUGACAGCAGAUAAGAACCAUUCGGCACAUCUAGUCUGCCCAAUUUUCUAAAUACCUUAUCUUAAAGUUAGGAUAGCUUUAUGCCUAUCCUACACAUGCUUAAACUCCUUUCCUGUAAAGAAGAAAUGCUAAGGACAAUUCCCAUACCGGGAACCCGGGCCGCCUGGGUGAAAACCAGGAAUCCUAACCGCUAGACCAUAUGGGAAGAUCUAUCUAUACAGUAAUAAGGGUGUUUGCGUUAAAAAUUAUAUAUAUAUAUAUAUAUAUAUUUUUUUUUAUUUUUUUUAUUUUUUUAAUACAAUGUUAAACAAAAAUCUGCACUCCAUUCAAGCCAUAAGACUUGCUUUUCCCACAGAAAUCACAAAUUUGCAGUGAUGUUACUACUGCAAAGGAUUUUGGGUGGACAUAUGCAAAUUAGUUCAAGAAAGAAUCAAAUUUUUGCCUCAUUCCAUUAUAAACAUGGAUUCUUUUGAGUCUGUUUGCUGUAUACAACAGCUUUGAAACAAAACUUAGGAAAAAAUGCAAAGCCAGUGAACCACUCAUGGACAGCUGUACCGCCAUGCCUCAAAGCUAGCCAGUAACCAACCUCAAGCUGAUGAUUUACAUUAGCAAUGAAACCGCUGUACACGAGUGGUUCACUGGCUUUGCAUCUUUUCCAAAGUUGUGUUUCAAAGCAUAUUUAUGAUUUCAUAAGCUGAUCUUUUAGCUUUCUUAAUCAAAAUAUACAAUUCACUCUAUUUGCAAAAUAGAAAUCCAUUUUGGUGAAUUUAAUGCAGUUCCUUGUGUUUACCACUAGAUGGUGGCAAAGCAUAAGAGGAUUGGUGCUCUCCCAUGAUGGUUGCCAAACAUAUAUCAUUAUUUAGAAGUUAAGUGUGAAAAAUUUUUUAGUAUCAGAAAAUCCUUUUUAAUAUGUAUCUUACCACCACUUCUGUCUCCAGCAUCCCAGUGCUUAAAAACCGCAAUGUACAAAGGCACAGUGUGCCCAAACUGCAUGUAGAGAUGUGACUGUUAUCAAAAAUAUUGUGAUUAUUCAUAAACAAAAUCUCCUACAUUGUGCACAGUGUCAGAUUUCUCAUAGAAUCCGCUAGGGACCAUAAGUCUUUGCUGAGCCUGCUUUCCAACUCCUCUUUUGUCCAUGUAGAAAUCCUUCUCAGGCACUUGGUAUAACUUGUAAAUGUUAGCAGGGUCUUGUAUAUCCAAAUAUGUUGCACUGAAAUUAGAUUUUUUUUUAAUGGUUGUGACCUAUACAAGGGGUACCCAAGAUAAGUUGACUACGUACACUGAAAGGACAUCAGGACACUUAUUUUAAUGAAGCAAUUCAGUGUAUACAAGAUUAGAUAACUAAACAACUAGUACUUUAUUUUCUUCACGACAGUAGACGUGCUAUAUAUCUUAUAUAUCAUAUAUAGCACGUCUACUGUCGUGAAGAAAAUAAAGUACUAGUUGUUUAUACUGGAUUUGCGUAAUCCCUUGUCUUAAAGUGCAUAAUGAUAAAACUGAAUUUACUCACAUUACAUCAACACAUAGAAUUUGUUUGAUAUGAGUUAUAGUUUCUGGCACAUGGUUUUAUAUAUUUUCUAUUAUUUUACAGGAGGAUAUAAGAGGCAUAAAUGACAUAUUUAAAGACUUGGGCAUGAUGGUUCAUGAACAAGGAGAUAUGAUAGGUAAGUUUUGUCAACCAUAUGACUGUAAAAUAUGGAUGUGUGAAGGAACAUAGUAUAGAAAAAUUGGUUUUGGUCCUGCAGAUUCUAAAGCAAUCUAUUGACUCCCAGGCAAUUGUAAAAAUAUCUGCAAAUGAUAUUUGGGGUAUUCUUUGUCACACACAUUGUUUAAUACGUUUUUAAUGUAAAUCUCUCAAUUAUUAAGAAUAAGAUCAUAAUUUUUUAUGAGAACACUGCUUUUUAGCUAGCCACCUUUCUUUUAGGUACUUUUAUUUCAAGUAGUAAAAAGAUUGUAUAAACAAGGAUUUAAGUGCAUCAUUUCUGAAUUUUGUAUCCUUUCCUACAUUGUCUACCUAACAUCUAUAUUCAACAAUAGACAGCCAGAGCAUAUAUCCCUGUGUUUGUUAUAUGCAAACUAUAGACAUAACUGAUAUGUAUGAGUUAGUUGUCAUUAUAUUUACUUUAUUGACGAGCAGUUGAAAUUAUGUUUUAAUGUAUGUUUCUUCUAAUUGAAAUAGUGCAGUGAAUGUAAGACACUUUGUAUUUUAAAUAAAUUAAACAUUUUAUCAUUUAGAUAGUAUAGAGGCCAACGUUGAGUCUGCUGAUGUCCAUGUUCAGCAAGCUAACCAACAACUUGCAAGAGCAGCAGAGUACCAGGUAAGAGCACUGGAAAUAUACUUUUCCCAGUUACCUUCUUUACGUGGAAAUUACAAGCUGGGUAUGAUCCUUGUUUGCAAAUUACUAUAUACUUAAUGCAUGGGAAAUUGUAAACUGUAUAAAAUUAAAGCAACUUCCAGAUGAACGUGCCUUGGUAGGUUGUGGGAGAGUGUAUGGCAUUCCUAAAACUUGAGUUGAGAGGAAGCAAGAGCAGGCAUUAAGCAGGGAGAGGAGUCAGGCUUCUAGCUGUGAUAGUUCCUGGUGCACUGUCCAUUUAAUAUUGAUAUUCUUGUCGUGCAGCACGUGCUAAUAGAGUCUGAUUAUUAAACUGCUCAAGAUUUCAAGUAAUCCGUUUGUCUCUUUUAUUGUACUUUUUGGUUGUUUGUGAAUUCAUUAAACUUCUGAGAAUUGUUAACAACAAAAUGCAGGAGAAUAGAGCCAAAUGAAAAGCACGUUAAUUUAGAUAAGUAAAACUCCUUCUCUUUCGAAGCACUUUCCGACCCUGCUGUGCCAGGAUUGAACUGGAUUGUGAUGUCAAUUGCUAAAUAUUUAAUACAUUCAUUGAAAAGGAAACCGAAUAUCACCAAAAAAUGUAAUGGCUUAAGAGGCACUGUAACUGCUUAAACCAUUCUAUGUUCCGUGUUAAACCGUUUUUAAUGUGUUACUGCUACACAAGGCUCCCAGUAGCUCCUUUGUGCUGCUUUGGCUAAUUAAGUAAGCAUUAGCCGGAGCAACAGUGGGCAGUGGUGGUUGGCUGUGAGUGUAAGUUGACCACUUUCAGCCUAUCAUAGCAGUCAUUGCUGGUAUGAAUUAGUAUGGCUACUGGAGAAUGUACUCUCUCAACUUCCAGUUGAUGCUGGGCUGUGGCUGGCCUGAGACCCUCAUUCAGUGUUAAGCUGCUGCAAAAUGGUUUAAUACGUAGUGGUGGGACAGCGCCAGGGGACGUCAAGCAUUAAAACAAAUUUAUUAAGAUGAAAUUGUUAAAUUACCCUUGUGUCCCUUUAACACAACUGUUAUUGUUUUAUUCAAUCGUGUAAUUUCAAGAGAAAUUAUAGUUCCCCUUUAAACUCCUUUUUUGGGGGUGUUCUUUUCAUCCAAGAGAGCGAGCAGUACAGCAUACAUUUAUAUGAAAUGUACAAAGUGUAUGCUGUGGAAAUAAGAUCGCUCAUAGCUCCAAUUCUUUAGAAACAAUAAAAACUGCUGCAUUUCCAUGUAAUGUAUUGCAUAAUAAAUGGAAAACACAUUAGAAUAGUAUAUAUAUUUCAUGUUAGUUUCCCUUUAAAUAAUUAAAAUCUUUGAUAAUAGAAACAAAGCAGGUGUUUUGACAGUCACUAUGUUCUCCGUGCUAAAACUAAUCUAUGGUAGAUGUCAAUAAAUGUAUAUUCUUUUUCACUGAAUUUUUCUUUUAAAAAGUUGCCAUGGAUCAGGUGUUUAACUUAAUUUUUUUUCCCCUUAUGUUCUAGCGCAAAUCAAGGAGGAAGAUAUGCAUCAUCAUUGUUGUACUCGCUAUUCUUGCAACUGUAAUUGGACUGAUUAUCUGGGGAUCCCUUAGAAACUAAGCAUCAAACAUAUAUUCUCCUUGAAACCUAUACAUCAGUGCUUUCUUACUAUAUGAAAUAAGAAAGUUCAAAUAUAUUGAAGAAAGAGAAGAUGAAAAAAAACAAUUAAUGCCAUGUGUACAUAUUUGUUGUUCUUAAACGGACACUAAGCAUCAUAACAAUGAGAACUCACUUUAGUGGUUAUAGUGCCAAGAGUUCCCUAGUGCUGUCUUACAGUAAACCGAUUCAGAAAAGUUUGACACUUAAUGGUCUCUGUUCAGCACCUGCAUUGCUUGUGGUCUGAACUGGUAUGGUAAAGAAGAAGUAAUCACUUCUGUAUUAUCAUACUAGCUCAUACCAAGUAUGUUUAUGUUCAUUUGCGGAGUGUGUCAGCUGAAACUUAGUAAGAGUUGAUCUGAAAUUACAUGAAAAAUAGUAUGAACAUCCACUUUAACAAACCAUACUGGAAGCAGUGCAGGCUCUGAACAGAGAACUGUAUGUGUCAGACUGUUCUUAAAUGCUUUGACAGUUUACUGUUGGGCAGCGCCAGGGACCUCCUGGCACCAUAACCACUAUAGCAAACUGUAGUGGUUAUAAUGCUUGGAAUAUCCUUUUAAAUAGCAGUGCAUGUUUGUGGACAUGGGAUUUGUUAACAAAGCACUGGAUUGUGAAUUUAUAAAUGCAACAUUCAUGCCAAGAGAACUAAGUUGUAAAGUUUUUUCAACCAGCUAGUUGUGCCUAAAUUUAAUAUUCAGCUGUCCAUAUGCUUCGGUUCACAUUUAUACAUUUUUCUUUUAUAAUUUCUUUUUUACAGUUGUUUUGCACUAACAUAUGUAAGCUUCAGAAAUCCAGAAUUUGCUUUUAAACAAAGUUACUAGUUUUCUAAGGGGUCAGAAAUCUGUAUAUCAGUUGUCUUAAAGCGACACUGUCACAGUCUGGAACUUUGCAGAAUGGGGGCUGGGGUAAAGGUGAGUUCAACUUACAUAAACCUGUCCCUCUCAGGUGUUGCCAUCUUCCUCCGGCGAGUGCGCAGGAUCAUCCAUAGACUGGGGAAAUUUACAUCCCCGCCCAGUGUCUAGAAGUGUCAGGCAUAGGAAAUAUACAGAGAUAAAGUAGUCCUUACUUUGUCUCUGUAUAUCUCUUGAUUUUCAGUGAAAUUCCAACAGCGUCAAUGUAAAACAGCACAAAAGAUACACAAGAAUAUUUUGAAUUGAAUAACUGCUUUUGAUUUGGCUUUGCACAUUAGAAAAUAAAAAAACACACAAAAACUAAAUUCUUUUUAUAUCCCAAACAUAUUCUACCAUCUUUGUGAAUUUAUCUGUAACAUAAAAAUUUACUGUGCCUUUUUUUAUUAUUUUCAUGUAUAAAUCACAUGGCAACCUCAAUAUGAAUCUUCUAAUGUGCAUGCGCACCAGUUACACAAAAGGGCUUAUAAUUCACUACUAGAACUACUUAGGUUCACUGAUGUGUAUUUAUCUAGUAAUUUUAGUUUAGUUUUUUUUCAAUAUUACCCAAAGUGACACAUUUUGGAGCUGCCUGGAAGAAAUCUGUCUUCAGUAUUACAAGUUGGCUGUGAUUCAAAAUAGUGACAGUCCAAUUAAUGGGCAAACACAUAUCCAGCCUUUCUCAAUCACACAUUCCCAAUAACAUGCAUGGCUUCUUUAAUUGUUUUUAAUGAUAAAAGAUUUAUGUUUAGUAUCAUACUCUAAAAUAUUGUUUGAGCUUGAUAUAGUGAAAGAUGCCCCAAAGCCAUGAACUAUUUUGUGUCAUCCUCAGGUAGAAAAAGGUAUGAUCAUUUCUUGUGACAACUGUCUGUAAAUUGUUUGAUUUACAUUGUUUUACACUCCUUGAACUCUUUUUGCACAAUGGUUUAAAAUAGUCUUCCUCAUACACCUAUAGGUGUUGUCAUAUGGGGAAAAGAAGAUUAGGUAAUUAUGAAUCCAUAUUGCUCAACAAUGCCCCAUUAGGGUCCAAGUGAUAUUUGCAAACCUUUGGUAAUCACUAAUGUCCAUUCUGCUGCAAAUACUUCCCCCCUCUCUUAUACUGGACCCAUAGUAUCUACUGUACAUUAAAGCCUCCAGUAUAUACAAACGGCCCAGUUUGUUUAGUGUAGUGUGUGAUGUUUAUUUCAGUGACACCCCUAUCAUUCCCAUAAAACUGGUCACUAAAUUUAUUUUUAGUAUAGAUACUGUAUAUGUGACAUUUGAAUAUUUAAGAAAAGAGAUCUGAACCUGCCUUUGGCUUAGUAAACCGUUAUGCAAAGGGAACAAGUCCUCUAUCGUUACAAUAUAUAUUUGAUUUAUGCCCAGUGACUGUUUUCAUGUAUAGGAAGACCCAUACUUGCCUCCAAAGCAGGAUUAACUAUAAUGAAGCCGCCUAGGGCCCUGGGGUUAGACUGCGGCCCCUGGAACCCUGACUUUGUUGGCCCAAAAACCCUAUUCCUAUGUGAAGAAUGGAGGCGGUGGGACAAACUGUUAAUCUACCUUGGGCCCUGUGAGAUAUUAUUCCUUCUCUGCCUGCCUCUUAAAAUGUUGAUUUUUCCAGUUAGAUAAAGGGCCUCUUUUAAAAGUGGCUGGAUUUGAUUGGCCUUCAGUAUCUCUCAUAGUGUUGAUAUAUCCUAUUGAAAUUUGGGAGCCUUAGGUUAGUGGAAUAUCAAUGCAGAAGAAAGAGUCCCUUUAACCAAACCUGUUUUUACAAUCCGAACAUACAGCCCAUUAUAUCUAAAUAAUAAAUCUAUAUUGUUCUAACAGACUUAUAAGUCAGAGCAUCAUUCAAGUUUUAUAAAAAGGGUAUUUAAUGUCAUAGUUCUGUUCAAAUUUGUAAUGAUGAUUAUCUGAAAGAGAUUUUUAAACAUCUCUGUAUUUGUACUUUCGGUGGAAAUUCAGUGUAUACAGUUUGUUCUCCAUAUCUGCACUGUAACCAUAGUUUAGGUAAAUGCCAAAAAUACUAUUUUAGGUUUUAGUAAGAUUUGACAAGCAUGCCUCAUAGUGGGGUUACCUGCCAUUUACUCAUCACAGUAUGUUUAUAUAUUGCUGGCAGUAAUACUUUUCAUUGUGCAAGUUCUUUGUGUAUGAUUUACUGCACGUCUCUUUUAUGGCCUGUGGAUUGAAGUUAGUUUUUGGAUUUCUUAACAUAUUACAUUAAAAUAUAUAUAUAUAUAUAUAAUUUAUAAUUAUGAAAUAUUAGUCAAAUCAAAAAAUAGGAAUGACUUCAUGUAGCCAGGGGAAUCCUAAAGAGAUGAUGUUGGAAUGAAAUAUCAGCCUUUGGAUGCCAAGGCAUCUUUAAAGUGGUAGCUCUACAACAUCUGGGAAUCUACUUUUUGAGCUCCCCUGAUGUAGACCAACCAUCCUAUGGGAACACAUUUUGUAAGAACAUUUGUAAACCUGUAAAACUGUUAAUAGAACACAUCCAUGUAACCACGAAAAAUAAAAACCCAUUGCUUUGACUGCUGGCAGCUGCCCUAAAGCUAUUUUACAGUAAUGUAUGUAUAGAGAUUGCUCUCUCCCUUGUGUUGCUCAUUUUAUACAUGUAUAAUAGAUUAUAGCUGCUCUAAUUAGAAAGACUGUUAGCAUUACAUAUUAUGGUUGUUCUGCCUAAUCUAUAAUUUCCCUUUAUUAUCUCUUUACAAUUUUUUUUCCCCUCUACAUUGCUUUGCAAAACAGUUAAGUAUAAUCUAAACGUAUUCCUUAUUCCAUUUAGGAAUUGUAUGGAUUUAUGAUUCACAAGCCAAUCACAUGUUGUGAAUGAAAUUACAUACAGAAGACCUGUCAGCAAGAUUUUAGCAUUUAGCACUCUAUUGUCUUUUUUUUUUUUUUUGUGUGUAUGUGCGUGUAUUAAAAGCUGGAAAAAUAUAUAUAUGUGUGUGUGUGUAU